UAAACUGAGAGCUUAAUUGGAGAUGGAAUUGGGAGCUUACUACAGCAUGGUAAUGAGCAAUUUGAUGCUUGUGCUAACUGUGUCCAUGGUGUCUGCUACUUACCUCUUGAUGAGGAAGAUGAGAGGCAAGAAGAGGCUGCCACCUGGGCCAGGCUUGGCCCUCCCGCUGGUGGGCCACCUCCACCUGCUCCGCGAGAAGCCGCUCCACGUCACGCUCGCCGGCCUCGCCGCGCGCCACGGCCCCGUCCUCUCCCUCCGCCUUGGCCGCCGCGACGCCGUCGUCGUCACCUCGCUGCGUCUGGCCAAGGAGUGCUUCUCCACCGAGCUGGACGUCAACUUCGCCAACCGCCCGCGGUUCCCCUCCGCGCGGGAGGUCUCGUUCGGCUACACGGGGCUGUCGGCCGCCAGCUACGGCCCGCACUGGCGCUCCAUGCGCCGCAUCGCCACCGUGCACCUCCUCUCCGCGCGCCGCGUCGACCUCAUGUCCGACGCCACCAUCGCCGGCGAGACCGGCGCCAUGGUGCGACGCCUUGCGCGCGCCGCAGCUGCGGCCAGCGGCGGCGUCACCAGGGUCGAGCUGAAGCGGAAUCUGUUCGAGCUCUCGCACGGCGUCCUCAUGGAGGCCAUCGCGGGAGCCAAGGGCACGCGUGAUGGCUCCGACGCUGACAUGUCUAAAGAGGCGCACGAGUUCAAGAAAGUGGUGGACGAGAUCGUGCCGCUGCUUGGCAUGGCGAACCUGCACGACCACCUGCCAGGACCCCUGCGAUGGCUCGACUUCGGCGGCGUGCGCCGGAGACUCACUGAGCUGGUGAACCGGAGGAACGCGCUGAUGCACGGUCUGAUCGAUGCAGAGAGGCAACGGCGGCCGCAGGAGGACCACGCCACCGACGAGCUGCUGCCGGAGUCGAAGAGCAUGAUAGGCGUGAUGCUCUCGCUGCAGGAGUCCGAUCCGCAGCAGUACACGGACACUUUCAUCGCCGCUCUAGUCACCAACCUCUUCGGCGGCGGCACGGUGACCACGUCGGCGACCAUGGAAUGGGCCAUGUCGCUCCUGCUCAACCACCCGGACGCGCUGCAGAAGGCGCGAGAGGAGGUGAGCGCCCGCGUCGGCCACGCCCGCCUCCUCAGCAGGGAGGACCUCCCCCACCUCCCUUACCUCCAGUGCAUCAUCAUCGAGACCCUGCGGCUCUACCCCGCCGCGCCGCUGCUAGCGCCGCACGAGUCGUCCGCCGACUGCAGCCUCCAUGGGUACCACGUCCCGGCGGGCACCAUGCUUCUCGCCAACGCCUACGCCAUCCACCGGGACCCAUCCGUCUGGGACGACCCAGAGGAGUUCAGGCCGGAGAGGUUCGACGUCAAUGGCGCCGACGGGCAGGGCCAGCAGGGGAUGAUGAUGCUGCCGUUCGGGAUGGGGCGGCGGCGGUGCCCCGGGGAGAGCCUUGCGCUGAGAACCAUGGGGCUGGUGCUGGGGACCUUGAUCCAGUGCUUCGACUGGAGCAGGGUGGCCGGCGCCGAGGUUGACAUGACGCAGGCCUCUGCCAAGAUCCUGUAUAAAGCUGUUCCUUUGGUAGCUCUCUGCAAACCGCACGACAACAUGCAGACUAUGCUUCACAAGAUCUAGCCCAUAACAUUUUGAGUAAUAUUCAGUGAUUUUGUCUUUUUUACAGAGCGCCACGAAUUUUAUUUGACCACGAAACUUUGCAAACGCUCGUAACAUUUGUUG